UGAGAUGUGAAGCCACUCUCCUGCUUUAACAACAGUGAGCAGGACACAGCUGUUGCCGAGCAGCAAACAAAAGCAUGCUAAUUCAGAUCCAUUGUUGGUUUUUAUGUUGUUCAUGUAGGAAUUAAAUAGGCAAUCUGACCCCUACUGGAGAAAUUCAUGUUGACUGUGUUUGACAGAUUAUCACAUGAGAAGGUUGUUUCCUAAAUGUAUAAUUGUUAGUGAAGUGUAGGGGCAGGUGAUUUUAGAGACUACAGUCGAGCAAGUAUGGAGAUUAGAGUACAGCUGAAGGAAAAUCACAUUAAGUGAGAGCACAAGUUUCACAGACAGCGGAGAUUUACAGUUAGAACUAGAAGGGCAUUCGGUGGAGCGCACCUCCGCCAAGGCCCAUCAGUCCCCUUAAAUUCAAUCAAGCUGCUACACUCACUCAUAAAUAUUAGUUCCAUAAAUGUGCCAGAUCUUUUUUCUUCAAGAUUUCUCCCUUGGAAAAUGGUGAAAGUGUUGAAAAACGUAGAAUCUCAAAAUGUUACAGGAAGAUCCAAAUAUAAUGGCUUCUUCUAUGACUCAAACCAAACUGUUCCACCAAGUUCCAUGCAAAUCUGGUGGGUUGUUCUUGUGUUGUUUUCCUUACAAACAAACAGACAGGGGUGAAAACAUGACCUCUGACCUCGGCAGAGGUAACAAUGGCAGACACUUCGUGGAUUUCUUUCAUAUGACUUUACUCUUCACUGAUUGGUUCUCCAAACUUUCUGACUAUGCCAAACCCAUCUCUGUUUUUGUGUUGUUGCUGACAUUUUGUCAAGAUAUGUGGCUAUUUCAGUUAUGUCCAUUACAGAUUGACCAAUCAUCAAACCAGGAUACGUCUGAAAAGCCUCAAUCUCAGACUGUUUCUGUGGCUUCUCACAUCUUCUCUCCCCUUUUCUUUUUCUCUCUAUCAACCUAUGUCCCAGAGUUGCCCCCUCCCUGGCUCUCUCUGACUCCUGACACCAGACAGAUGUUCAGUAGGGAGUGUUUCACUCUGCAGUGCCUCACAUCUCAGACUAACUCCUCAGGGUGGAAGCUGGUGCAUUACUCUCCUGACCUAAAAGCAGGGACCUCAAACCUCACCGUUCACUAUUCACCACCAGGAGGUAGCAUGAGCCCUUACAAGUCUGAAGCAUUUGUGUUCACUGCCAGUGGGACCGGUGGAGUGUACUGGUGUGAGGGCGCCAGGGGCCGCAGCAACGCAGUCAACAUUACAGUAAGCUAUGGCGACAUCAUCCUUAAGACCCAAGCCUCCCCUGUGUUUACAGGUGACGAUGUCACCUUGUGUUGUCAGUAUCAGAGCGGCAGACACAAACAAACCAGCUUCUUUAAAAACGGAGCAUUGAUUGACUCUAACAGUUCGUCCGGUUCAGACCGAGUCAUAAAGAUGACUCUUAAGAAUGUGACACGGGAAGAUGAAGGCUUCUACAGGUGUGCGUCCCCCGACAGACAGCUGCAGAGUCCAGAGAGCUGGUUAUCAGUGAAACAGGACAGAGGAAACUUCACAUCAGAGGAGACUCCAGCCUCCACUGGUUCCUGGAAAUGGAUCAUUGCUUCAUGUGGGGUUCUACUUCUGAUCGUCAUACCUUUGACUGUUUGGCUCGUUUGUCACUACAGGUACCAGAAGUUCUGCACUUGGAGCUGCUGGCCAGUUUCCAAACAGGAAGUUCCAGCAGGGGUGCUUCCUGCAACCAAGUUGGAUGUGACGGAGGUGCAGUGGGACCUGUCCUGGAUGGAAAUGUCCAACCUGUUGGAAAAGGAUACUUAUUGUGGCACUUAAAGGGAAACUCUCUUCUGAAGCCCAGAGAAAGUAUUAACUGUUGGGUCAAACCUAUGAGAAAGCUCAGUCAGUGCUGCAGGUUGUAGUAUUGGAUGGUCACAUGUUAAAAUAGUGCUACCUGAUAUAUUUUGUUAUUGAAUUAAAUGAGAUGUUUAGGAUUUAUAAGGAUGAGUACUUUUGCUGAUGGUGCAGAAUUGAUAGCUUCCAAUGAAAAUGUUAUUGUUUCAGUUGUCACAUUUGUCAAUGUCAAUACUUUUGCACAUUUAAACGUCUCUCCUUUGAGUACAUUUUGAAACUAAGAAUCAUAUUUGUUAUAUCUUAUUAUCUAAUCAUUAAUAUAAUUGACUGUUCUAAAUCAUUUUACAUGUAUCAUUUCUCCUGUGUUUGUUCGAGGUUCCAUGUUGUUUGCUCCCUUUGAAUCAUUUUUUGCUAUUUCUUGUCGUCU